CAAACAUUCUAUGUGACUCGUCCACGUGACAAGGAUGGCAAUUUGUUGUAUACAUCAGACGAAUCAUCUGAAGAUGAAACAACCGAACUGGAUGAACAACAUUCGUCGGAUAGUGAUGAGCAUUCAGAACAUUCACGAGCACAUUCGGCUGAAAAGGUGAGGACAGUUUUGUGA